AUGAAAGACAAACCAGAGCAGCUGCCCAGUCCUCAGCAGCUAUCUGGUCCCAAGGUGUUGCAGGGCCAUUUACAGUACAAAAUCAGCCAGCUCGUCUGGGGCCUCUUCUUUCUGCACAGUGACUCCCUGGUGGCUACAAUCAGGUGCUACUCACCACAGAUUGUGGCCCAGGGAGCACCUUGCCCUACAAACCAGCAGAAGGCCCAGCUUCUUAUCCCAACUUCCAUCCAAUGCCUGGCACGUGACCUUUUGAGGAAGGAACAAGAAAGUCAGAGGGAUUUACCCUGUGUGGUCAAGAAGCCGCAGGAAGCCUUUAGCCAACUCACCCCCGACAGUGAGGCCUUCCAGGACCAUGAGUCAGUCUCCCUCCUCCCAGGAGACUUCUUCAUCCCUGAGCUCCAGGAGCAACUGGAGGAACACCUUCAGCAGAGGUUCACACAGCACUGCUGUGGGCUGUCCCCCAGGCCCCACGUGUCUCCAGACCUGAUACAGCCUCAGGACCUUCAGCAGAGGUUCACACCGCACUGCUGUGGACUGUCCCCCAGGAACCAUGUGUCUCCAGACCUGAUACAGCGUCAGGACCUUCAGCAGAGGUUCACACCGCACUGCUGUGGACUGUCGCCCAGGCCCCACUUAUCUCCAGACCUGAUACAGCGUCAAGACCUUCAACAGAGGUUCACACCGCACUGCUGUGGACUGUCCCCCAGACCCCACUUGUCUCCAGACCUGAUACAGCCUCAGGACCUUCAACACAGGUUUACACAGCAGUGUUGCAGACUGUCCGCGAGGCCCCACAUGUCUCCAGACCUGAUACAGCCUCAGGAUGAAUUCCCAGGGAUUUCUCAGGUAAAGGACAGGCAUGGGCCCUCUGUGUUUAUAGGUGGGAGCAGCCAGAACAUGGAGAAAAUGGAAUUCAGGGGCCCAGCCAAAUUCCAGCUUGGGGAGAUCCCAAGCAACGAUCCAAAACACAGUCUGCGGAGGGUCCUAGAAGAUCUUCCCAGGGCUUUGGAAAGCAACUCACGGAAGGUUCCAGGGGCCAACACUGAGAAAAAGUCAGAAAGGGACUGGAUGAGGCUAUUGGGAAGUGACUCAGGAAAGGAUUCACCAAGAAGCCCAGAAAUGAAGCAUCUAGAAGACAUCGUAGAAGUCCAUUUGCACAGAAAACUGGGAGAGAUCAACAAGGGCAUGUUCCCUGAGGAUGUUCAUCGUCCCAGUCUCACUAAUGGCCAUCUCUUGUCUCUGGAAAACUCAAACAUUCACAUGGAAAGUGGAAACCUAGCACCCUCCGAGGGCGAGGAGUCUAACGUGAACACCUCCCAGCAGCUUUCCUUCCUUGAUGUGCACACUCGACAGGUGCUGGAAGUGCAUAUUAAAAGGUUUCAGGAAAGCCAUGAGAGGAGACAGACCCUCAAGGUCCACAAGCCCCCACAUCUUCUUAAGGUACAAAAAGCUCAACCUUUGUCCCUUUCACAGCCUGCCUUUCUCUCAUCAGCCACCAGGGAUUCUGAUGCCAAAUCCAUAGCUGAGGCUGCCAAUGCCCCGGGAGAACCUCCUCACCAAGAUCCAGGAGACAAGGUGGCAGCAAAAACGUCAGUUUCCAUCCAGCGUAGUCCUCAACCUGGUCCCUUGCCUGUGUGUAAGGGAGCUCAGAGGUCUGCAUACAAAACAGAGACCCCAUCUGGUGACAACAUCUUGUCUACUCAGGCCUCUCUGUCUAGCUUCCAGAGCAUGUCCAGCAGCAACACAUCAGCUUUCCAGGGGGCAUGUGACUUCUUAUCAAGGGAACAGAGCAGCCAGGGGCAGGAGGAGCCCAGGAGCCCAAAAUUUCAGAACCUACGGAAAAGCCUGAGCAAGAUGUUUGGCCCUAUUGGCAGGAGAGAGGGCCGCAGGAGGCUCACGCAAGGAAGGCAUGAGCAAAUGCUCACAGGAUUAAGCCCCUCUGCCCAGGACACGGAGUCAGUAGAGUCCUUAAGUAGCCAGUCCUCCCGGCUCCUGCCAGAGAAGGGACAAGCAUCCCCAGAAAGCCACUUCAAGAAAAGGAUCAGGUGCUUUCUGCAUUGGAUUGUCCCCAGUGAAAAAAGCAAAGGGCACAAAGAUCCCCUGCAAAAAGUCAAGCCCGCACCAGCCGCCGCCUGGAGCCGUGGACCAGUCCCAAAUGGACUGUUUGUGGACAAUGGCAAGGCUGAAGCCCAGGCGCUCAUGACCACUCCCCAGUGGGAGGGUGUUCCAGCCACCACAGGAGUCCUUCCUACACCAGAGCAAAGAGCCGUGAUGAGAAGUAUGGCCUACAGUCACCAUGCCACCCCAGUGGGUCACAGCCAUCCAGUUAAGCACAGAGAUGGGGACAGCAGUUGGGCCUCACUUCCCAGGGAGCAUGUGUCACCAGCCAGUCCCUGCCAGCAUAGGCCACUGCUGCUCCAGGGUCACAGGCCUGGGAAGGCCACCUUCGUCUCAGAGGGCCAGGCCAGGGAUGAUCAUUUCCAAUGGUCCAUCUGA